AUGAAUUUUUUAAAUAUAAACUUAAUUAUUUUAUCAUUUGUAAUUAUACGUUUUAAUAAAUUCGUGACAUCAAAUCAAACAAUAAACAUUAGGAGAUACAGAGGGAUAAGGCUUAAUCCUGAUGAAAAAGGACAAUAUAAAGUUAAAUUGCUUUUUCCAAAUCAUAGGAGGAUUAUAACAAGCGUAACCGAUGGUCCUAAUAUUGUGUUUAAAUCAGAAGCACCAGAACUGGUUGAAUGUGUCUUUGUAAUGUAUCUAUAUGGUGCGGAGAGAUUACUUAAUAUAGUAGUUGGAGAUGGUGAUGAUAGCAGAUUUGUGCAUUAUGCUUAUAUAGGUGGAGCAUGGAUUGAAGUUGAUGAUGAUACAUAUAUGUCAAUGAAAGAAAUACUUAGAACUGAACGAAAAUUAGAUAUAGCAGAAGUUUUUGAUAAAGAUACAUUUAAUAUUGACAAACAUCAUUUGUAUGGACUUCCUGCAUAUAUUAUUCACCCUAAAGAUAAUUUAAAAUUAGUAGCGGUUUAUGAUAAUUAUCAUCUAAUAUGGCAACAUGAACAUCCCGCUCAUAAUGCAGCAUUUGUGAUAGUUCAUGGAGAGUUAACUACAACAAAAUUAGUUAAUGUAAUUGUUAACGGCACACAAGAAUCGAUAAAUCAAUAUUUUAUGAAAGAAGAUGAUGAAUGGAAAGAAAUAACGAAAAGCAAAUUUUACUUAGAAUUAAAUGCUCUUGAUAUGGAAGUUCUAAUGAGCCAAGCAGCCAUUUAA